CCCCACUCUUGCUUUAGUUUCGCUUGCAAGUCCUAAUCGCGAAGGUUUCUCUUUCUUUGUAAUAUAUUUUUUUUCCUCCGUUCGUAAUUUAUUGUAAUACAACUGUUUCGUAAAUAUCGCAUUAAUAGUAGACAUUUCUUGUGUAUCUGGAAAAGUUUCUGUGCCUUCGCUAGAUUGAUGAAAUGACAACCGAAGAGAAAACAUCUUGGUGUAUUUGAAAAUUAUGUCAAAAACUAUCAAUGCUUAUCGUGUGAAGAAGAUUGAAUCAAUCGGCAAAAUGACGCAGAUGACGCAGGAGGAAAUCAUGGCCAACACGAAAAUCGUGAUCCAAGGCCUGGAAGCGCUGAAGAAUGAGCACAACUCGCUGCUCUCUACGGAGCUGACUGUGUCCGCUGUCGAGAGGGCCCAGGCCGCUAUGACCGCAGCCGCUGAGUCUAGCGCCGAGAGGCAGGCCCUCGUUCAAAAAUCUCUUGACAUGAUCGAGCUGGGCAUCGGGGAGGCACAGGUCAUGGUUUCCCUCGCCAACCACCUUCAAAUUGUCGAGGCUGAAAAGCAAAAGCUUCGAACGCAGGUGCGGAGGCUAUGCCAAGAGAAUGCCUGGCUUCGGGAUGAGUUGGCCAACACCCAGCAGAAGUUGCAAGCCUCCGAACAAGCGGUAGCUCAACUCGAGGAAGAAAAGAAACAUCUAGAAUUCAUGUCUUCUGUCAAAAAAUACGAUCAAGACAUAAUGGAUGAGUCUCAAUCCGAAUCGAAACAAGAUAAACCAAAGUCCGAUGAUCCAGUAGUCGAUUUGUUCCCAGAUGAUGAUACUGAAGAAAGAAAUACAAUGUCCCCUACUCCGCCUAGCCACUUUGCACAGCAGGUGAACGCGGGAUACGAGAUUCCUGCUCGCUUGAGGACUCUUCAUAACUUAGUAAUUCAGUACGCCUCUCAGGGGCGUUACGAGGUCGCAGUUCCUUUGUGCAAGCAAGCUCUUGAAGAUUUGGAAAAAACUUCAGGUCACGAUCAUCCCGAUGUAGCAACGAUGCUCAACAUUCUUGCUCUUGUCUACAGGGACCAAAAUAAAUACAAGGAGGCAGCCAAUUUACUGAAUGAUGCUCUUGCCAUCAGAGAAAAAACACUUGGAGAAAAUCAUCCUGCGGUCGCAGCUACUUUAAAUAACCUUGCCGUUUUGUACGGUAAACGAGGAAAGUACAAGGAGGCCGAACCGCUGUGUAAGCGAGCCCUUGAAAUUAGAGAGAAAGUCCUCGGAAAGGAUCACCCUGACGUUGCCAAGCAGCUCAACAAUCUUGCUCUGCUUUGCCAAAACCAGGGGAAAUACGAGGAAGUAGAAAGGUAUUACCAACGAGCAUUAGAAAUAUACGAAAGCAAACUCGGCCCGGACGACCCGAACGUCGCCAAGACAAAGAACAACCUGGCCUCGUGUUACCUCAAACAAGGGAAGUACAAAGAAGCCGAGAUUCUCUACAAACAGGUGCUCACUCGCGCCCACGAGAAAGAGUUUGGAACCAUUGAUAGUGAGAACAAACCGAUAUGGCAAGUUGCUGAGGAGCGAGAAGAAAACAAGCAUAGGAAUAAAGACAACGCACCGUACGGGGAAUACGGUGGUUGGCACAAAGCCGCCAAGGUGGAUUCUCCUACCGUCACUACUACCCUCAAGAACCUGGGCGCACUGUACAGGAGGCAAGGAAAGUACGAGGCUGCCGAGACCCUGGAAGACUGUGCCCUUAGGUCUAGAAAUGAGGUGAGUUCUACACUACCGCCAUCCGUAGGCUUGGCUUUGGAUAUGGUAAAGCAGGCUAAAGUCGCUCAGAUCCUAGGGAGCGGCGGCAACGAGAGGAGGCGUGGACCUCGUGUCGGCUCCCUCGAAUCCAUGCAUUACGAAUCCACGGAUGAGAUGUAUAAAUCAGUAGCUCUAAAGAGAAGCAGUAGCCCAUAUGAGAGACUCGGAGUAGAAUAUCUAGAUGGCGGGGGAUCUCCUUCUCCGGCUUCUAGUCAGCAAAGCCUCAUAGAUCCAACAAAGCACGGAUCUUUCAAAAGUAAACUUUUCACCGCUCUCGGCCUUCACUCGUAGAUCAGCUGUUUGUCGAAAAAUAUUCCUAGGUCUGCCUCCUCAAUCAGCUCUUAAAGCGAUGUACACGAUCAAACUGAUAGAAAAUUAUAUCAAGCACAUGCGAAGUCUCUUUGAUAAUCGACUUUGUUAGUAAAAUGCCUUAUAAAAUAGUUCCUAAGAAUUAAAUUAUUUUUUUUUUAAUUUUAUGUUCGAACAAGUUCAUUCAUGUUCGUUCUUUUGUGUUGGAUUUCUUAGUCAGUUUAUUAAUCGAGUUUUUUCAUUUACUUUUAUGAUUUUAAGAAAAAUAUAGCCACUCUGAGCAAUAGUUGAAGGUUCAUUGUCAUGGAAAUAGUAAACUAUUCUGAAUUUGACAUUUCUCGCUACAUUUUUUUUCUUCUUAAAAUUAAUAGAAAAUUUUUAAAUAUAUACAAAUUAAAACGUUUCAUCAAAUCAGCAUUUCUUUUAUGUUUAUGCCUUAGAGAAAGUAGAAAUAAAAACAAUUAUAGAAUCAAAGUAAUUAUGUUGAAAAUGGUACACCAUUGUAAGGCUUUUAACCCAAUUCUUUUAAUAAGAUGAAGUUUCAACUAUUUAUAUACCAUUUUUGCUAAUUAUAAUGAAUUUUUUAAAUGAUUAAAUUUUUAAAAAAGAGUGAAUUCAACAAAUUAAUUUUUUUUUCUUUGAUACAUUAAUAAGAGCAUCUACUAACAGUAAAUAUUUUAUAUUUGAACAUCCUCAUUGGUUGUCCAUGUAAAUGUAGAGAAAAAUAUAAAGUAUGGUGUCUUUAAGAAAACCUUCUAAAGGAUAAAAGAUUCAUCAUUAAAGUUUAUAUAAUUUUUUCUAUAGAAUAAAGUUGUGAGUUACAAAUUUGUUUACAGAAUUGAUCAAAAUAAAGAAAAAUAAAAUAAUAAAACAAAAGGCUAAACUCUUACCCUUUAUAAUAUAAUUUUAUUAAUUAAUAUAAAUUCCAAAACAUGAAGAAGCAAAGCUAAGGUAGAAAAUAAAUUAUAUUUAUUAAUGAACUGGUUGUUCAACAGAUGGGGAGUAAGUUGUAAUAGAGCAAUAUAACAAAUUCUUUAGGGAUGCAAACUUUAAAAUUAUAAUUUUAUUUUUAAAAAUCACAUCUUAAGAACUUUUUGUUGAUUUUUUUAAAAAUUUAUUUAUAUUAUGUUGAUUCUACCUCAAAUUAAAUUCAACCAAUUUUUAAAAUGAAAAAUAUACAAAAUUUUAAUGUUAUAGUUUUAUAAUUUUUUGAGAUGAACAUGUAAAUUCUAAUCAUACCCUGUUAAGUUAUUUUAGAUAAAAUUACUUUCAUAUAUGAAACUUAUCCUGACUAAAAACUCCAUCACAACUGACGAUCUGAAUUUUU